UCGGUUUCGCUCUUCUCCCUCCUAUCUUUCUAUAAAUAAGUCCCAUAACCAACUACUUUCUUGAAAACCAACUGUAAUUUCAAUCAACUUUUCAAGAAAAAGGCAAUGGCUAAGGUGGCGAUCAUGAGGACACUAAUGGGGCUCGUCGCUACCGCGAUGCUACUGGAUUUGGUGGCGGCAGUGGAUUACACUGUCGGAGCUCCAAACGGAGGGUGGGACCAGUCGACUGAUCUGCAGUCGUGGGCUACAUCCCAAACAUUUUCAGUAGGAGACAAUAUAGUUUUCCAGUAUUCAUCUACUCAUGACGUGCUUGAGGUUUCUGAGUCGGAUUAUAAUUCUUGUGCAACCGGAAGUCCUAUUUCAACCAGUAGAAGUAGCCCAACUAGAAUCGCACUCACCACUGCAGGAAGCCGAUAUUUUAUCUGUGGCAUAAGUAACCAUUGCAGCCAAGGAAUGAAGGUUCAGAUUGAUGCAGCAGCAGCAUCAUCACCUGCACCGCCACAAGGCACCACUCCUUCAGCCCCAUCUCCGCCAACAGAUGGUCCUACCGGUAACUCGCCACCACCCCCAGUCACUGGUGAGACUGUAGACCCUCCCUCAUCCGCUAUAACACUAAAGAUGGCUGCUGGUUCUAUACUUGGGUUUGGGUUCCUUGUGAUGAUGCUACUGUCCCUCUAAGAAUUCCUAGAAAAUGAUUUUGAGGAUGUUUGUUUGUGUUCAUUCUAUGGUUUUUGUGACACUAGCUCUAGCUGGCAUUGUUUGAUUUACGACUUGUAAUAUAAUCAUGUAUUUUUCAUUCCCUAAAAUCUUAUUUUCAUUACACC